AAUGCCAUUUUAUUUGAGCAGUUAUGAUAUUGUCAUCAGCUGUUCGUUACCUCGUACGUCAAAUGCUGAAAGCGAAUGUGUUUUUCAUGACAUUUACUAUUUGAGCUAGUCUGUAGUCACCCAGCAUCAGUGUUCAAUACCUGAAGCAGAAUUUAGACGAGCCUCCAGGCUGAUGCUUUGUGCCCCACUUAGAAAGUUGAUGUCGACACAAAUAAUAUUUAUAUUAAAUUCCCCAGACAUUGCCCUGUUUCAUGUGCAUCAUGACUGGAGAGCAAAAUGAUGGAAAAGAUGUGCAGAAAGAUAAUAGACUUCGUUCUGGCCGCUCCAAUGUGACUUCGUUUGUUCGUUUUGUGAACCGGACACAUAGGUUUGUGGAUAUUGUAUGGUUGAACUAUGAAGGUGCCCGUGUCAAAUACAAGACACUGCAGCCAGGUCAGUUUGUUGAUGUUAAUACGUUUGUUGGCCAUCCUUGGAUCUUUCGGGAUUCUGACACUGGGGAUCAUCUGGUAGUUCAGCUACGAGAGGUAUUUGAAAUGACAACAGGAUGGACUCCCAAUGACGGGGUGCCGCCCUGGAGGAAAGUUAUCAACAUCACCAUUCCAGUGUACACUCUGAAGGACAGAAGUCUGCAAGUGAUCAGGAGCUUUGUAAAUCGGGACAGAAUUCCGGAACUGGACCUUCCUCUGGAGCUAAAGGAGGAAAUAACAGUAAUGUUUGAAGUGUCCAGGCGUAGGAGAUUAACAGACAUCCCAGACAGUCCGGUGGCACAUUCUUCACAAGAUGUGAACUGACAGAGGUUUGAAGGCCUUGUGACUUUCAUAUCCAUGGUUUAGAUCCAUAAAAGGAUUUAGAACCAGUGUAUUAUAACAGGGUGCCGGUGAUACUGGAGGUAUAAGCUUUUUGCAGUUUUAGCACUGCAUGAAAGAUGAGGCUCCAGUUUCAUCAAUAUUCCUGAACUUAAAGGAAUUCCAAAACUUAAAAUCAAGCAAUUUAUAGAAUUUAAGGAAUUAAAGAUUAAGAUGUUUCACUUAAACUCAACCCAAUAAUGCUUUCCUGUCAAAAAUUUGAAGUCAAGGAAUUUCUUAAAUUUAAGGAACAUAGAUGACACUGGGGACUAAUAUCAUAAUCUUGAAAAAGGAAAAAAAAUAUUGGAAACCUUCAGAUUAAUAUGGGGCCAGGUGACACAUCCGGGACCAUCGCAGAAAGAACAUAUUUUUUUUGUGGUUUGACAGUCUGGUAAAAGCAGACAUGUAACAGGCAGCCAUCACCACAAGUACUGAACUUACAGCAUAUAACAGCAAGGCAAGGGACAUAACUAGAUACUCUUUAGUUGUUGUGUCCUGGUUUAGGAUACAGCGACCACAUGAAGUAAAUAUUUUUCCAUAUGGACUUGUACAUUGUAACUAAAGAAUGAAGAGUUGAAAAGUUUUUAAUGUUCUGGUUGGUCUAUCAAAGUUAAUGCUAAUUCAUAGUAAAGUGACUUAUAUUAAAAUGUUGGGAACCUAACAAGACCAUCUUUAGUUAAUUCCAAUUUGUUAAAAUAAUUUUUUGAAGAACAAUUUUAUACUUUUGUGAAAAUUUGAUUGGAGUGAUAUGGAAUGGUUGUCCACCUGUUUGGUGUAGACUUUCCUUUGUCCAGAAAUUUACUCUCUCAGUUAUUGACCAGUCUCUUUGAAACUUGCUCACCUUUUCAUAAUGAAUAUAAGUUAAAUAUAGUUGUUUUCCUGA